AUGGCGGAGCACCACGCAGUCAGCGACGGCAAGCACAAAGCUUCCGCUAAUGCCGGCGGUUCGGUGCACGGGAACAGUCGAGCCGGCGCCGCGGCUGCUGCGGGCGGGAAAGGAGGCCUGUCGGGCGGACUGACACAGCCGGCGGGGUGGCAGUCGCUACUCUCCUUUAGCAUUCUCUUUCUGGCCUGUCUGGCCGGAUUCAGCUCCAGACUUUUCGCCGUUAUUCGUUUUGAGAGCAUCAUCCACGAGUUCGACCCGUGGUUCAACUACAGAUCAACACAUCAUCUCACAACCAAGGGUUUCUAUGAGUUUCUUAACUGGUUUGAUGAAAGAGCAUGGUACCCCUUGGGAAGGAUUGUUGGUGGCACAGUAUACCCAGGAUUAAUGGUGACUGCGGGACUCAUCCACUACGUGCUCAACUUUCUUCACAUCACGGUCCACAUUCGAGACGUGUGCGUAUUUCUGGCGCCGGUGUUCAGCGGCCUCACGGCCAUCUCCACGUUCUUGCUGACGCGGGAGUUAUGGAACCAGGGCGCCGGGCUGCUGGCGGCCUGCUUCAUCGCCAUCGUCCCUGGUUACAUCUCCCGCUCCGUCGCUGGCUCUUUUGACAAUGAGGGGAUUGCCAUCUUUGCCCUGCAGUUCACCUACUAUCUUUGGGUGAAGUCUGUGAAGACUGGAUCUGUGUUUUGGACUAUUGGCUGUUGUCUCUGCUAUUUUUAUAUGGUAUCUGCAUGGGGAGGAUAUGUGUUUAUAAUCAACCUAAUUCCGCUCCAUGUGUUUGUCUUGCUGCUGAUGCAACGCUACAGCCGAAGAGUCUACAUUGCUUACAGCACGUUCUACAUUGUCGGUCUUGUACUAUCCAUGCAGAUCCCUUUUGUCGGGUUCCAGCCAAUCAGGACCAGUGAGCAUAUGGCUGCUGCUGGUGUGUUUGCACUUCUACAAGCGUACGCCUUCCUGCAGUACUUGCGAGACAGACUGACCAGACAAGAAUUCCAGACACUUUUCUUCCUUGGUGUUUCUCUCGCUGCUGGUGUGGUCUUCCUCACGGUUAUAUAUCUCACAUACACAGGAUACAUUGCUCCUUGGAGCGGGCGUUUCUACUCUCUAUGGGACACUGGCUAUGCCAAGAUCCACAUCCCCAUCAUCGCGUCUGUGUCAGAGCACCAGCCGACAACGUGGGUCUCCUUCUUCUUCGACCUUCACAUCCUGGUGUGCACGUUCCCAGCCGGCCUCUGGUUCUGCAUCAAGAACAUAAAUGACGAAAGAGUGUUUGUGGCCCUGUACGCCAUCAGCGCCGUGUAUUUUGCCGGCGUGAUGGUGCGUCUAAUGUUGACACUUACUCCGGUGGUGUGCAUGCUGUCAGCCGUGGCUUUCUCCAGCGUAUUUGAACACUACAUGGGAGAUGACACCAAGCGGGAGAAACCGCCCGCUGAAGACAGCAGUGAUGAGGACGACAAGAGGAAUUCUGGGAAUCUCUAUGAUAAGGCUGGCAAAGUGCGAAAGCAUGUGUCCGAGCAAGAAAAAGCAGAAGAAGGUUUGGGCCCAAACAUCAAGUCCAUCGUCACCAUGCUCAUGUUGAUGCUGCUGAUGAUGUUUGCCGUCCACUGCACCUGGGUCACCAGCAAUGCGUAUUCCAGCCCCAGUGUGGUGCUUGCAUCAUACAACCAUGACGGGUCACGAAACAUUCUUGAUGACUUCCGGGAGGCCUAUUACUGGUUGAGGCAGAAUACAGACGAGCACGCACGUGUCAUGUCAUGGUGGGACUACGGCUAUCAAAUUGCAGGGAUGGCCAACAGGACGACACUCGUCGAUAAUAACACGUGGAACAACAGCCAUAUAGCGCUGGUGGGAAAAGCCAUGUCUUCCAAUGAGAGUGCAGCCUACAAAAUCAUGAGGUCUCUGGACGUAGACUACGUGCUGAUUAUUUUCGGCGGCGUCAUAGGCUACUCGGGCGACGACAUCAACAAGUUUUUGUGGAUGGUGAGGAUAGCUGAGGGGGAGCACCCGAAGGACAUAAGGGAGAGUGACUACUUCACCCCUCAGGGAGAGUUCAGAGUGGACAAGGCGGGUUCACCCACUCUGCUCAACUGCCUCAUGUACAAGAUGUCCUACUAUCGAUUUGGUGAAAUGCAGCUGGACUUCCGGACGCCGCCGGGCUUCGACCGGACGCGCAACGCCGAAAUUGGGAACAAGGAUAUCAAAUUCAAGCACUUGGAGGAGGCCUUCACUUCGGAGCACUGGCUGGUCAGGAUUUACAAGGUCAAGAAUCUCGGCAAUAGGGAGCCGCUGGACCGCAAGCUUCGCAGCAUCGUGCCCAAACAGAAGUACACCUCCAAAAAGACGGCCAAGAGGAAGCGAGGCUACGUCAAGAACAAGCUGCUCCUGAAAAAAGGCAAGAAAGUGCAAAAAAAGUAA